AUGAGUGCCUCACGAGUUUUGUUCCUCGGCCUUGGUAACAUGGGCGCGGCACUGGCCAAAACCCUUCAGCCCACCCUCAAUCAGCCGAUAUUGCUUUGGAACCGCACCAAAGAGCGUCCAGCUAUCCAAAGCUUGACUCAACAGGGCGCCAUAUUCCAUCAAGAUGUGUUUCUAACUGUCAAGCAAGCUGAAAUCAUUGUCAUAUGCGUUCUCGACUACGGCACGCUUCAUUCCAUCCUGGAGCCUCUAAACGACAGCACAGUCUUUUCUGGCAAGACAAUCAUCAACCUUACCAACGGUACAUUGAAGGAUGCGACUGAUGCCGAGAAAUGGAUGAAGAGCUAUGGCGCGUCCCAUUAUUUUGAUGGUGCCGUCAUGGUUACACCACAGCUUGUUGGUACCCCCCAAAGCUUGCUUCUAUACAGCGGUGGGAGCAAGGAGAGCUUCGACACCAAUGUUGCCAAACUUGUUGAGCCCCUCGGACUGGCUAUCUACACCGGGCCCGAUGUGGGCUCUGCAGCUGCGAACGAUCUUGCUGCUUUGUCCACGAUGUAUGGCAUGUUUGCUGGCUUCUUCACCGGGGUCGGUCUGCUAAAGAAGCAGACAGCCAAUUCUGGGGCCAGUGGCAAAAUCAAGACCAGAGUUGAUUCUGUAAUUGUGCCAGUACUUACAGCUCUGGUACCCUACCUAAGCCUCCUUGCUCAGACAGUCGAUGAUGAAAGCUACGAUGAGAAUGCAGGGAGCCCCAUUGGAAUGCAGCUUGUGGGUCUUCGCAACAUCCUGAAAGCUUGUGAGGAAGAGGGUGUUGAUCCGUCUGUGCUUGAAGCGUUGGGAUCACUGUUGCAGCGAGUGGUUGAUUCUCGCGGCCCUGAUGGAAGCGUUGCGGAGGUGGUACGCUUCAAUCUCAGAGCUGAAGCUAUUUAA